ACAGUAUAAAUACGAUUGGAAUCACUGUGUUCCUCACUAUCUCCAACCUGACGGUCUAGCAUCUCAUCACUCUUCAAAUUCGGCUCUACUUUUCAUUUCAGCUAAAAUGGCCAUCACCAGUUUCCUUAUGUGCUUCUUGGCUGUUGUCAUGACCGUUGCUGGUGAACCUACCGGAUACAGGCCGGCAAUGGCUUACCAAGCUCCGGCCUACAAAGCUCCGGCGUAUCAGGCACCUGCUUACCAGGCUCCUGCUUACCAGGCUCCUGCUUACAAGGCUCCUGCUUACAAGGCUCCUGCUUACCAGCCUCCUGCUUACCAGCCUCCUGCUCCCAAAGCACCUGCUUACAUGGCCCCUGCUUACAUGGCCCCUGCUUACAUGGCCCCUGCUCCUUCGUAUAAAGCAGCUGCAGCUUACUAGUUUUCAGCCAAACUUCAAAAUCAAAAUCGUGUGAGCCAUUCUCUUAAAUGAAAUGAAAAUCUAGAGGACCUAUCUAUUUAUGUCUUCAACUACUUCUACUUA